GUUUAGUUUUAAUCAAAAAUAUUAAAUAAAGUUCUCAAAUGAAUCCCAUCGUGUUCAUUACUAUAUUCUUUGAAUAAUUAAUACUAUAUGUACUAAUUGAAACAUGGAUUUAAACUCACAAAAACAAUUUACGUUUAAUUUUAAAGAUAUAAUAAUUGACGAAAUUGCUUUGGAAGGGCUUGAAGGCAUCACCUUAGAUUUAUUAUGGAGACGAAUAGAGAAACGUACUUCUUCACAAAUUACCGACAAAAUGAAAAUUCGUUUUUGGAAUUAUAUUAUUGAUUCCAAAAAUAUAAACCUCUAUCAACUCCCCGAUGCGAUGCCUCGUAUACAAAUAAUCGACAGAUUUACAAUUGUCGAUGAGCAAAGUGGCCAUUUGAAAGAUCCUGAUGAUUAUAUUGAUGGCCCAUAUGAAUAUCAUCCAGUAGAGAAUGAGUAUGGAUCUUGUGUCAAUUAUAAAAAACGGAAAUUACUUGACAAAGAAACUAUUAAAGAAUUACCAUAUCCAAAAGUUGAAUCUAAAUAUAAUGACUUUUUAGUUUUAGUUGCUUCUCUUGAAGAAAGGUGGCAUGCAUUAGCACCUCAUUUACCUAUCAGCUAUUUAGCACAGUUGUCCCCUGUACAUUAUUGUAUUCUAGAAUUGACUGGAAAAUCAAGACAUAAUGGUCAAAUGACAGUCGGCAAAACAAACCUAACAAAAAUAGUUAAAGAUCCCAAACACUUGUUUUAUAACAGAAAACUUUUACAAGACUUAGAUUUAAUUCGGGUUGUUUUUUUAACACAAAUGUUGGCUGGUAGAGGUGUCAAGAGUUUAAUUGUCAGAUUGAAAAGAUUUUAUAAGAGUGUUAUCUUAUCCAUGCCUAAAGUAGGCAGGAUUCAUGAUCUAUUGUGUUAUUUGAAAGAACAACCCAACUACAGUGAGAGAACUGAUGAGAUUAUAAAGAAAGGUUUUAUAUCGCAACAAAUGAACAGGAGGCUCCAGAAGACAAUUAAUGUAUUUAAUUUUGGAGAAAAGCUUGUGGAUGAAAACCCAACAACUACAGGUAAUAAAAGGAAGCGUCCCGUAACUAGACGUUAUAUUUCCUUGUCAUCAAAGAGUGAUGAGUCUUCAAACUCAGAUGAAGAGCCCACUGAAGUACCACCCAAAUUUCAAUACAAAGUUGGAGUAAAUCUUCUACGACAGGCUUAUGAGAGAUUUCUUGAUGCUGGACUCCAAGGUUUAACACAAGUGGAACUUGCAUACAUGUUGGGUAUUGAAUUCUACACUGCAAGAACUAUUUGUAAGGUAUAUAGGGCAAAGGGAAUUCUUAGAGAAUGUUUGGUGGAUAAAGGGCGGCAAAGAACAGCAAGAUUUAUUGCUGUGGCUACCACUGGACAAACAGAUGUUAAAUAUGCAGAAGAAAAGAAAAAGCUUCUUGAAUAUUUAGACAUGAGUAAAAGUUUACAAAAUUCAAACACACCAUCUGUUUCUGGUGAAAACACUGUUAAUAUUAAAACUGAAAAAGAUGGCAGUAAUAUAAACUCUGAUGGUGCAGAAAAUGAUAUUAUGGAAGUGACUGCUUUUGAUGGUAAUGAAAACGGAGACAGAAAAUCACUACUGAAUUCAAAAAAGACAUUAACUUUGAGACAAUUAAAAUUUGCAAAUGGUUUACUGAAAAUUGUCAGAGAAAAACUUUUUAUAUCUGGCUAUCAAACAUUAAGUAAUAUAGUAGCUAAUGAAAUUGGAGAAGCGCCAAUGGACACAAAAGCACUGAAGUCGUUUCUUCUAAAAUUGGCAACAGAUGGUCAAAUAAAGAUCUUAAGACUUAAGUGGCCUACACCUCAACCAAAAUAUUCCAUUCUAAUAUGUGCACCACAUAUAAAGGCUACAGAUCCUAUUAUCAAAGCUAAACACAAAGAUAUAUGUAUGAGAGCAUAUUUAAGCAAAGAGACGAAAGUGAAAGAAGCAAUAUCCUCCAGCAUCAAAAAACCAGUUUCGAAAUUUUCCCUUCCUAGAUAUGUCAAAAUACAAAAGCUUCAUGAAUUUGUUGCAAAAUUAGCAUAUUUUAAUGAUACCAAAGUUUUAAGUGAUCUUCCUUUUGGUUUUGGAUGUCUACAUGACCUUAUUCUGGAAAUGACAGUGGAUUUUGCAAUUGGAAAUCUUAGUAAUUUUGGUAACUUAAAUGUGUCUAAUUUAAUUGUAAAUGAAGAAACACUUUAUUUGAAAUUAAAAGAUGCUCCACCGAAACUAUAUAAGGAAUUAUUACAAUCAAAAAGCUUACAAAACUCUUUAAAAUCAAACCUGAAAACAUUAGCUGUACUUGGUUUAAUUCAACUCAUUGCCCAACCAUCUGGGGCCGAUUCUACAAGUUUUAUCCCUGGUUAUAUGUACUAUGUGAAUCGCCAUGCCAAAAUAAUAGACACAACUGGUGUAUGGCCUAGAAAAAAUAUAGAUAUCACAGAUUUAGAAAGAUCUUUUUAUUUUGAAACUUUGGAGGAUGUCAGUAAUUUUUGGACAGCUGUGUUCCAAAUCAGCACUAAAACAGUUAUAGAAUUACCUUCAAGAGAACAAAAUAAAAAAAUAAUUCCUCCAGUAAGAACACAAAAAGAAGCAUCGCAAUUACUAGCUGGUGAAAGAAGUGGUGAUGGCAUGGGACCUUGUGGAUAUGAUUCCAGCUUCUUUAUGGAUAUACCACGAUUAUGGCACAAAAGUGUAAAUGUAAAAAUUGACCCAAAAAUAAAUAAGAUAUUGACCAAAAGAGCAAAGUUCCCCGUAAUAGAAAAACCUGUAACAAAAAUGAGAAAGAAAAUAUUUAAACCCACAAAAGUUGUUACAGAAGAAGUGACUUCUCCUGUUAAAAUUAGGAAGAGAAAACGAACUAAUGACUCAUUGAUAACAUGGACAAAUGAAGAAGAUAUGAUAAUUAUGAUGUGUAAAACUGCUAUAACAAUUAUGAGUCCCACUUCACAACCUGGUUGCCUUAGGGUCAGAAAUCUUGUUGCUAAAGAUAUAUUGUCACUUAAAGAUCCAAAAAAAACUCAAAGUAUCUGCCAUAGACGAGCAACCGUUUUGGAUAGUAAUCCUGUAUUGGUGUAUGAAAGGGAACGCCUACUAAGUGAACUGCGGCGCCGACGAAAUUUAUUAGAAAAAUAUGAGGGUUUUUUAAGAAAGCUUAGAAUUCGUUACCCAACUAAUAUAGGAAAAUAUACAAGUGAAAGUAGAUUGCCCAUGUUAGAAUUAGUAUACAUAAUUAAUCAAGUUAGAAAUAGCAAAACAUUUACCCACCCAAAGCCUUGCGUCGCAUUUAACUUAGAGGACUUCUAUAAAAACUAUACUAUUGUCCCAAGUUCAGCGAACAAACCAUACAACACAUACAAAUCAAAACACGAAUCAGAGUUAGAACUUCCUACCAUAAAAGAAACUAUUAUGUUUACAGUACUAUCGUGUAAUCAAGAAGUCCACAUUUCAGUUGCAAAAAAAAUAUUUAUAAUGUUCAAAAUGUAUCCAGAAGUUUUGCUUCGUAAAGCGGUAGAUCAACUGCGUAAAUGUGGAGCUAUAACUCCAAAGGAGAAAAUUUUCAAUAACAAAUUGCACAAGAUCAAUUUGCAAGAUUUAGUUGAUUCGUCUUACAAAACAUCGGCAGCUUAUCAACGUAGAUGGAUAUGCAGAUUGAAUUCGGAAUUCCCUGAUGAUAUUGCAAAAGUGUUGGAAUGUGAUUUAUCUGAGAAAGAAAUAAAUGGGUUGCCUGGUAUUAACUGUGUAUGUUGUGAGCUUAACACAUGUGGUUUGUUAGACAUUGUAACUGUAACUCCUCCAGUAUAUACUGGCCCGUCAGACUCCACAAUAUCAGAGGAGCAUUUGAGUGUAAUCGAUAUAGAAACUAAAUACAAACUGAAAUCUGGAAAACUUAAGCUAAUAAACCUAAGCAGCUUACAAACAUUUUCAGAAUUAUAUAAAUCACUCAACAUUGAAGAAUCAUUGAAUUCAUUCUCAAGGAAAGCAAUAAUUAAAUAUACUGAUGAUAACGUAGUGGACUUCGAAGAUAAAAUAAUAAGCCAUUUAAAUAUAAAAUGUGAAAAGGGAGCUACAUUUAACGAAUUAAAGAAAAUCACUGGUUAUAACAAAAAGACACUAAUUGAUCGGUUAACUGAACUAGAGAAAAUGAAUACAAUAAAAAGAGUGGGUUACUAUGAUAACUGUGUUAUACUUUUACAAUUCUGCAAGCCUUGGACCGUGAUUUUAGACAAACAAACCAUCAUUCCAUCACCAUGGCUUACUUUAGAAUUGAGUAUCAAACUAGAUGUCCUCUUAAAAUGGUGUGGUGUAAUUCUAAAUAAAAUAUUCGAAUGUCCCGGCUGUUCUAUAAUGUAUUUGUCGGAAACUUUCGAAUUAAUUACAGCUAAAAGCAUCCAGGAUAUUUGUGAAUUUUUAAGAGACUGCAAAUGUCUUUCAAUGAAAGUAAUGGAAAACCAUGAACCUGAUUUAUUCUCAGACGAUGAAAUAGAAUUUGAACUACAAGAUUACAAUCCAUACGAGUCUCCUGAAAAUAUUAUAGUUUUCCCAGAAAAGGAUGCUAUUAGCAAGUAUUCGUAUAUAAGGAAAAAUAUAAUCAAUGAUUAUCACAAGGAAAAGGUCAAUACUUAAGAAUAUAGGAAUAUUUAAAAAUUUGUAUUUAAAUUACAUACGCCUUAUGUAAAUAAAGAUUGUUUUGUUGUAAA